UUAUUUCGUUUAUUACGGAAAUACGGUCUUAACUUUGCAUUGAGUAAUUUCCCAGAAGUAAUAAGUAUGCUCUCUUAAUUUGAACUAUAAAUUGUUGAAUCUUAAAGUUAAUUUCUAAUUGUCUGGGUGUGUUAAUUGUGACUGGAUCAAAAGAAUAACGAUGGACCGGGAUCCUGACCAUAAAGCCUGGAUGUCUUUCCGCCUGUCCCGAGUACUGGACGAUAUUGGCGUAAACCGCCGAAUUGUGAAGAAAAGGCGGGAAACUUUCCUGCUGAAAGAGGCGAUAGUGACUCUGAAUGACAAAUUAAAAGGUUUAGACAGAACGUAUUUUCAUUUCGGGAGCCAGUCAGAGGGAUCUACAACACCAGGGAUGAAAUCAGACAUUGAUAUUCUUAUAUGCGAUCAUUACACCAACAUCAUGUCAGAUUUGGCAGACUGGGAGGCAAUGAGACAGAACGGCCUGAUGGUGAAGGAGGAGACAACUCCACCACAACACUACUGGCUACAGUUUAUCAAGCCAGAUUCUCCAGAACCUCACAGAUAUUACGGACAGAAACUGAAAGGAUGUGUACCACAUGUAGAUGGACGUGUGUUUAUAAGUAAUAAAAUUUGGCAAAAUAUUGGCAAACAACAAUUAGGAAAUGGCUUAAUAUGUUGUGGUCCUUCAGUAAGCUUCUCUGAAAAGUGGGACUUUGUUCAUGCUUUCAAAUGUAAAGUUCUCCCACCAGAAGUUUACCGGUGGUUUCACCGACCCAGACGUGGAUAUUGGCCAACACCGGAAAUGAUGCAAGCUGCAAGUGAAUGCUCUUGUUUUCUUAUACCUGAUGGACAUUUCGAGAGUUUGAACGAACAUAUUGAGUGGCGAUUAUCACCGAGCCAAAUCGAACGCAUUCUUGUUUUUAACUUUACAAUAGUGCAGUUAAAAUGCUACGUCGUCUUGAAGAUGAUCAAGAAAUAUAUAAUGGAACAGUUUUUAAGUCAUAAUAGUAAAUUAACUUCGUUUCACUGCAAAACUGUUAUGUUCUUUACACUGGAGAGAAUAUCGCCAGCGGAGUGGAAAGAAGAUCGGCUCAUCGAGUGUAUAGGUUAUUGUUUGCAAACAUUGGUAAUGUUCUUGAUGAGGGGUCAUUGUCCACACUAUAUCAUCUCUGAAGUAAACCUUUUCGAAGGAAAAAUCACUCGCAACUACCAACUGGUAUUACUCGAAAAGAUAAAAGAGUUAUUGGAUAGCAAUUUAACGAUACUAUACGAUUUGGAGAUUGAUAGCAUAGGACAAAGGGUCCAAAUUCCUACAACUGGCAUGUUUGAACCGCGAUUAACAAUUUGCAGGACAAUUAAUAAUGUUUUAGCAUACAACUUAAUAGUACGUGUUGGUCGGAUUUUCAAUCUUAUCGCAAACAAUGCGUUAAAUCCUGCAACGUUUCGACUAUUAUUCACUGUUUUAUCUAUUCCUGAGGAAGACAACAUUAUCUAUAUAUUAUCUCGUUAUGAGCGACAGGCACUUUCACUGUUUAAGCCGCACAUUUACUCCAUUUUCGCAUCAGUUACUUCGUCUUUUUACAUAGAACAUAAACUUCAACUCACACCAGAAAUAUUUAAUCUCUAUGAACGUUCUCUUGACACUGACGUGACGUCCAGUAGACUGAAACUGGCGUCAAUGUUUUACUGCAGGGGAGAUCCACAAAGAGCGGCAGACGUGCUGAAUGACGUUGAACGUAGAUAUGGCGCUAAUGUGCAUGCUCUAUGUCAGUGUGGAAGAAAUUAUGAAGAACCCGACGCGUUAUUAAUUGAGAGUACAACGGAUGAUUGGAACUAUGAUACAGUCAUACGUAAAGUUGCCCUUUGCGUGUCGUUUACACAUUUAGACGUUUUCUGUGUGCCACCAUUUUUGUUAUAUGAAAUGAACAGGGCUGUGAAUGACGAUAUCCUACAUAGAUCUAGUCUUGAAAGAAGGUGGAUGGAUAAGGCCGCAGUAGACUCUCGACCAUUCCUCUACUACCUCCAGUAUCUCACGUACAGGAAACUUGGUCUUCACAUCAAACGGGUACAGGCACACAAAAAUUUAAUUAACUGUUUUAUAAACAAAGACAUAUUAUAUACAAUGUAUCAUGCUGAGACGGCUGCCAACUUGCUGGGACACUGCUGGGAGAUGGAAGGAAAUCUGCCCGAAGCGUUAAGAUUCUACAACUCAUCCGUUCAAAAUAUUCCUAGAAAUAAUGCAGCCAACUGGCAUAUCAGGAGACUAACGGGCAAUUUUUAGCGAAGGAGGGAGGCCGAAACCGUUACAUAUUUUACAGACUAUUUCUGUGAAAUGUAAUUAUUCAUUUAAAGUAUUUGCUUCCACAACACUCGUGUUGAGUGCAACCUUAAUAUCAAGCUAAGGUAGAAAACCACGUUUCUGAUAUACCUCAUUAUAUUACAAAACUACACUAUAGAAUGAUUUCGACACUUGUACAUUUGUUUUGUGGUAUUGGCAUGUUAUUAAUAUGUAAUAUUUGUAAGAAGGAAAGCUAAAGGAAGCGCCUAUUGUAAUAUAUGUGAUACAGGGUGUCAGUUUGGCCCGAGCCCUGCAAUAAUGCCGCUAACACUGAUAUGCAAUAUUAAGAAAAUAUGAUGUAUUAUCAGUAGGACAAACCCAAAAAGACAUAAAAUACAUAUGUCGAAGAAGUUAUUGAUAACAGAAUGGGUUCAAUUAGAGUGUUAAUUGACAUUUGAUAUUAAAAAUAUACAAUUGUUGUACAUAAGGCGAAAUAAAUACA